ACAAUUAUUUAUUUAUUUCAUAUCUUUACACAGAUGCGGGAAACUCUUGAAGUACGAUUAGCUGCAUCCGAAGAAGAGAGGAAAGCAGCUGAAAAAGAAAUGCAAGAGAAGCAAGAGAUUGCGAAAGGGGCCCUUGCUGAGCAAGAACUCAUUAUGGAGCAGGUGGUCCAAGAGUCAAAACUAUUGCAGCAAGAAGCAGAAGAGAAUUCCAAGGAACCAAUGUGUGUUAUGUGGAGAGGACGGAUGCCAUUCCUAAGCUGCCUGGCCAAAUAUCAAAGUCGGGAACAACUGGGAAUGGAUGCUGCUAAUCCUGGUGAGCAGAUAUUUGAGAAAACAAUAUCAGGUAUGUACCUCGGCGAGAUUGUGAGGAGGGUGGCAUGGGAAGAUUUCUCACUAAUAUCGAGCAAGCAGUUGGCUGCAGGGUUGAUUAAUCUUGGUGACAUGAGCUACAAAACAUUCUUUAAGUAUUGUAAUUAACAUGUUUCUGAUAGGUCAAGUUAAUUCACCAAUGUAUUUCAAAUUUAUCACAUUGGCACUACUUUUUGUGGAUGUUAUUUAUGUAUUUAUGGAUGUUAGAACAUAAUUAUGGAGGCUAGUACCGAGUAGUAGUACCAAUGUAUUACUGUAGGAAUUUAAUUAUUUUGUAAAAUAAACGCACUAUUUGCAGCGCGCACUGUUAAACCAAAGUUGCAAAUUGUGGCAGAAAAUUCCCUUUGAAAAUCUCUUUUUGCAACGCCUAUGUACAUCAAAGCGCUACAAAUAGACACUAAUUGCAGCGCGUGUGAAACACCAUGCGCUGUGAUUAAUGGUUUUUUGCAGCGUUUAUGUUCGCAGCAAAUAAAAGUCCACUAUUUGCAGCCAUCACAAUUGCAGCGCUCAAAAACGCUGCAAAAAGCCCCUUUU